UCUCCCUCUCGCUGCUUCACUUCACGGGGCGAACAUGGCGCACAGCUGUCGGUGGCGCUUCCCCGCCCGACCCGGGACCACCGGGGGCGGCGGCGGCGGGGGGCGCCGGGGCCUAGGGGGCGCCCCGCGGCAACGCGUCCCGGCCCUGCUGCUUCCCCCCGGGCCCCCGGUCGGCGGUGGCGGCCCCGGGGCGCCCCCCUCCCCCCCGGCUGUGGCGGCCGCGGCGGCGGCGGCGGGAAGCAGCGGGGCUGGGGUUACAGGGGGAGCGGCCGCCGCCUCAGCAGCCUCCUCGUCGUCCGCCUCGUCUUCGUCUUCGUCAUCGUCCUCAGCCUCUUCAGGGCCAGCCCUGCUCCGGGUGGGCCCGGGCUUCGACGCGGCGCUGCAGGUCUCGGCCGCCAUCGGCACCAACCUGCGCCGGUUCCGGGCCGUGUUUGGGGAGAGCGGCGGGGGAGGCGGCAGCGGAGAGCUAACAACACAGAUCCCAUGUAGUUGGAGAACCAAAGGCCACAUACAUGACAAAAAGACUGAACCGUUCAGGUUACUUGCAUGGAGUUGGUGCUUAAAUGAUGAGCAAUUCUUAGGUUUUGGCUCAGAUGAAGAAGUCAGAGUGCGAAGUCCCACAAGGUCUCCUUCAGUUAAAACUAGUCCUCGAAAACCUCGUGGGAGACCUAGAAGUGGCUCUGACCGAAAUUCAGCUAUCCUCUCAGAUCCAUCUGUGUUUUCCCCUCUAAAUAAAUCAGAGACCAAAUCUGGAGAUAAGAUCAAGAAGAAAGAUUCUAAAAGUAUAGAAAAGAAAAGAGGAAGACCUCCCACCUUCCCUGGAGUAAAAAUCAAAAUAACACAUGGAAAGGACAUUUCAGAGUUACCAAAGGGAAACAAAGAAGAUAGCCUGAAAAAAAUUAAAAGGACACCUUCUGCUACGUUUCAGCAAGCCACAAAGAUUAAAAAAUUAAGAGCAGGUAAACUCUCUCCUCUCAAGUCUAAGUUUAAGACAGGGAAGCUUCAAAUAGGAAGGAAGGGGGUACAAAUUGUACGACGGAGAGGAAGGCCUCCAUCAACAGAAAGGAUAAAGACCCCUUCGGGUCUCCUCAUUAAUUCUGAACUGGAAAAGCCCCAGAAAGUCCGGAAAGACAAGGAAGGAACACCUCCACUUACAAAAGAAGAUAAGACAGUUGUCAGACAAAGCCCUCGAAGGAUUAAGCCAGUUAGGAUCAUUCCUUCUUCAAAAAGGACAGAUGCAACCAUUGCUAAGCAACUCUUACAGAGGGCAAAAAAGGGGGCUCAAAAGAAAAUUGAAAAAGAAGCAGCUCAGCUGCAGGGAAGAAAGGUGAAGACACAGGUCAAAAAUAUUCGACAGUUCAUCAUGCCUGUUGUCAGUGCUAUCUCCUCGCGGAUCAUUAAGACCCCUCGGCGGUUUAUAGAGGAUGAGGAUUAUGACCCUCCAAUUAAAAUUGCCCGAUUAGAGUCUACACCGAAUAGUAGAUUCAGUGCCCCGUCCUGUGGAUCUUCUGAAAAAUCAAGUGCAGCUUCUCAGCACUCCUCUCAAAUGUCUUCAGACUCCUCCCGAUCUAGUAGCCCCAGUGUUGAUACCUCCACAGACUCUCAGGCUUCUGAGGAGAUUCAGGUACUUCCUGAGGAGCGGAGCGAUACCCCUGAAGUUCAUACUCCACUGCCCAUUCCCCAGUCCCCAGAAAAUGAGAGUAAUGAUAGGAGAAGCAGAAGGUAUUCAGUGUCGGAGAGAAGUUUUGGAUCUAGAACGACGAAAAAAUUAUCAACUCUACAAAGUGCCCCCCAGCAGCAGACCUCCUCGUCUCCACCUCCACCUCUGCUGACUCCACCACCACCACUGCAGCCAGCCUCCAGUAUCUCUGACCACACACCUUGGCUUAUGCCUCCAACAAUCCCCUUAGCAUCACCAUUUUUGCCUGCUUCCACUGCUCCUAUGCAAGGGAAGCGAAAAUCUAUUUUGCGAGAACCGACAUUUAGGUGGACUUCUUUAAAGCAUUCUAGGUCAGAGCCACAAUACUUUUCCUCAGCAAAGUAUGCCAAAGAAGGUCUUAUUCGCAAACCAAUAUUUGAUAAUUUCCGACCCCCUCCACUAACUCCCGAGGACGUUGGCUUUGCAUCCGGUUUUUCUGCAUCUGGUACCGCUGCUUCAGCCCGAUUGUUUUCGCCACUCCAUUCUGGAACAAGGUUUGAUAUGCACAAAAGGAGCCCUCUUCUGAGAGCUCCAAGAUUUACUCCAAGUGAGGCUCACUCUAGAAUAUUUGAGUCUGUAACCUUGCCUAGUAAUCGAACUUCUGCUGGAACAUCUUCUUCAGGAGUAUCCAAUAGAAAAAGGAAAAGAAAAGUGUUUAGUCCUAUUCGAUCUGAACCAAGAUCUCCUUCUCACUCCAUGAGGACAAGAAGUGGAAGGCUUAGUACUUCUGAGCUGUCACCUCUCACCCCCCCGUCUUCUGUCUCUUCCUCGUUAAGCAUUUCUGUUAGUCCUCUCGCCACUAGUGCCUUAAACCCAACUUUUACUUUUCCUUCUCAUUCCCUGACUCAGUCUGGGGAAUCUGCAGAGAAAAAUCAGAGACCAAGGAAGCAGACUAGUGCUCCGGCAGAGCCAUUUUCAUCAAGUAGUCCUACUCCUCUCUUCCCUUGGUUUACCCCAGGCUCUCAGACUGAAAGAGGGAGAAAUAAAGACAAGGCCCCAGAGGAGCUGUCCAAAGAUCGAGAUGCUGACAAGAGCGUGGAGAAGGACAAGAGUAGAGAGAGAGACCGGGAGAGAGAAAAGGAGAAUAAGCGGGAGUCAAGGAAAGAGAAAAGGAAAAAGGGAUCAGAAAUUCAGAGUAGUUCUGCUUUGUAUCCUGUGGGUAGGGUUUCCAAAGAGAAGGUUGUUGGUGAAGAUGUUGCCACUUCAUCUUCUGCCAAAAAAGCAACAGGGCGGAAGAAGUCUUCAUCACAUGAUUCUGGGACUGAUAUUACUUCUGUGACUCUUGGGGAUACAACAGCUGUCAAAACCAAAAUACUUAUAAAGAAAGGGAGAGGAAAUCUGGAAAAAACCAACUUGGACCUCGGCCCAACUGCCCCAUCCCUGGAGAAGGAGAAAACCCUCUGCCUUUCCACUCCUUCAUCUAGCACUGUUAAACAUUCCACUUCCUCCAUAGGCUCCAUGUUGGCUCAGGCAGACAAGCUUCCAAUGACUGACAAGAGGGUUGCCAGCCUCCUAAAAAAGGCCAAAGCUCAGCUCUGCAAGAUUGAGAAGAGUAAGAGUCUUAAACAAACUGACCAGCCCAAAGCACAGGGUCAGGAAAGUGACUCAUCAGAGACCUCUGUGCGAGGACCCCGGAUUAAACAUGUCUGCAGAAGAGCAGCUGUUGCCCUUGGCCGAAAACGAGCUGUGUUUCCUGAUGACAUGCCCACCCUGAGUGCCUUACCAUGGGAAGAACGAGAAAAGAUUUUGUCUUCCAUGGGGAAUGAUGACAAGUCAUCAAUUGCUGGCUCAGAAGAUGCUGAACCUCUUGCUCCACCCAUCAAACCAAUUAAACCUGUCACUAGAAACAAGGCACCCCAGGAACCUCCAGUAAAGAAAGGACGUCGAUCAAGGCGGUGUGGGCAGUGUCCCGGCUGCCAGGUGCCUGAGGACUGUGGUGUUUGUACUAAUUGCUUAGAUAAGCCCAAGUUUGGUGGUCGCAAUAUAAAGAAGCAGUGCUGCAAGAUGAGAAAAUGUCAGAAUCUACAAUGGAUGCCUUCCAAAGCCUACCUGCAGAAGCAAGCUAAAGCUGUGAAAAAGAAAGAGAAAAAGUCUAAGACCAGUGAAAAGAAAGACAGCAAAGAGAGCAGUGUUGUGAAGAACGUGGUGGAGUCUAGUCAGAAACCUACCCCAUCAGCAAGAGAGGAUCCCGCCCCAAAGAAAAGCGGUAGUGAGCCUCCUCCACGAAAGCCCGUUGAGGAAAAGAGUGAAGAAGGCAAUGUCUUGGCCCCUGGGCCUGAAUCCAAACAGGCCACCACUCCAGCUUCCAGGAAGUCAAGCAAGCAGGUCUCCCAGCCAGCACCGGUCAUCCCCGCUCAGCCACCUACUACAGGACCGCCAAGAAAAGAAGUUCCCAAAACCACUCCUAGUGAGCCCAAGAAAAAGCAGCCUCCACCACCAGAAUCAGGUCCAGAGCAGAGCAAACAGAAAAAAGUGGCUCCCCGCCCAAGUAUCCCUGUAAAACAAAAACCAAAAGAAAAGGAAAAACCACCUCCGGUCAAUAAGCAGGAGAAUGCAGGCACUUUGAACAUCCUCAGCACUCUCUCCAAUGGCAAUAGUUCUAAGCAAAAAAUUCCAGCAGAUGGAGUCCACAGGAUCAGAGUGGACUUUAAGGAGGACUGUGAAGCAGAAAAUGUGUGGGAGAUGGGAGGCUUAGGAAUCUUGACUUCUGUUCCUAUAACACCCAGGGUGGUUUGCUUUCUCUGUGCCAGUAGUGGGCAUGUAGAGUUUGUGUAUUGCCAAGUCUGUUGUGAGCCCUUCCACAAGUUUUGUUUAGAGGAGAACGAGCGCCCUCUGGAGGACCAGCUGGAAAAUUGGUGUUGUCGUCGCUGCAAAUUCUGUCACGUUUGUGGAAGGCAACAUCAGGCUACAAAGCAGCUGCUGGAGUGUAAUAAGUGCCGAAACAGCUAUCACCCUGAGUGCCUGGGACCAAACUACCCCACCAAACCCACAAAGAAGAAGAAAGUCUGGAUCUGUACCAAGUGUGUUCGCUGUAAGAGCUGUGGAUCCACAACUCCAGGCAAAGGGUGGGAUGCACAGUGGUCUCACGAUUUCUCACUGUGUCAUGAUUGCGCCAAGCUCUUUGCUAAAGGAAAUUUCUGCCCUCUCUGUGACAAAUGUUAUGAUGAUGAUGACUAUGAGAGUAAGAUGAUGCAAUGUGGAAAGUGUGAUCGCUGGGUCCAUUCCAAAUGUGAGAAUCUUUCAGAUGAGAUGUAUGAGAUUCUAUCUAAUCUGCCAGAAAGUGUGGCCUACACUUGUGUGAACUGUACUGAGCGGCACCCUGCAGAGUGGCGACUGGCCCUUGAAAAAGAGCUGCAGAUUUCUCUGAAGCAAGUUCUGACAGCUUUGUUGAACUCUCGGACUACCAGCCAUUUGCUACGCUACCGGCAGGCUGCCAAGCCUCCAGACUUAAAUCCCGAGACAGAGGAGAGUAUACCUUCCCGCAGCUCCCCCGAAGGACCUGAUCCACCAGUUCUUACUGAGGUCAGCAAACAGGAUGAUCAGCAGCCUUUAGAUCUAGAAGGAGUCAAGAGGAAGAUGGACCAAGGGAAUUACACAUCUGUGUUGGAGUUCAGUGAUGAUAUUGUGAAGAUCAUUCAAGCAGCCAUUAAUUCAGAUGGAGGACAGCCAGAAAUUAAAAAAGCCAACAGCAUGGUCAAGUCCUUCUUCAUUCGGCAAAUGGAACGUGUUUUUCCAUGGUUCAGUGUCAAAAAGUCCAGGUUUUGGGAGCCAAAUAAAGUAUCAAGCAACAGUGGGAUGUUACCAAACGCAGUGCUUCCACCUUCACUUGACCAUAAUUAUGCUCAGUGGCAGGAGCGAGAGGAAAACAGCCACACUGAGCAGCCUCCUUUAAUGAAGAAAAUCAUUCCAGCUCCCAAACCCAAAGGACCUGGAGAACCAGACUCACCAACUCCUCUACAUCCUCCUACACCACCAAUUUUGAGUACUGAUAGGAGUCGAGAAGACAGUCCAGAGCUGAACCCACCCCCAGGCAUAGAAGACAAUAGACAGUGUGCAUUAUGUUUGACUUAUGGUGAUGACAGUGCUAAUGAUGCUGGUCGUUUGCUAUACAUUGGCCAAAAUGAGUGGACACAUGUAAAUUGUGCUUUGUGGUCAGCGGAAGUGUUUGAAGAUGAUGACGGAUCACUAAAGAAUGUGCAUAUGGCUGUGAUCAGGGGCAAGCAGCUGAGAUGUGAAUUCUGCCAAAAGCCAGGAGCCACCGUGGGUUGCUGUCUCACAUCCUGCACCAGCAACUAUCACUUCAUGUGUUCCCGAGCCAAGAACUGUGUCUUUCUGGAUGACAAAAAAGUAUAUUGCCAACGACAUCGGGAUUUGAUCAAAGGCGAAGUGGUUCCUGAGAAUGGAUUUGAAGUUUUCAGAAGAGUGUUUGUGGACUUUGAAGGAAUCAGCUUGAGAAGGAAGUUUCUCAAUGGCUUGGAACCAGAAAAUAUCCACAUGAUGAUUGGGUCUAUGACAAUUGACUGCUUAGGAAUUCUAAAUGAUCUCUCUGACUGUGAAGAUAAGCUCUUUCCUAUCGGAUAUCAGUGUUCCAGGGUAUACUGGAGCACCACAGAUGCUCGCAAGCGCUGUGUAUAUACAUGCAAGAUAGUGGAGUGCCGUCCUCCAGUUGUAGAGCCAGAUAUCAACAGCACUGUUGAACAUGAUGAAAACAGGACCAUUGCCCAUAGUCCAACAUCUUUUACAGAAAGUUCAUCAAAAGAGAGUCAAAACACAGCUGAAAUUAUAAGUCCUCCAUCACCAGAUCGACCUCCUCAUUCACAAACCUCUGGCUCCUGUUAUUAUCAUGUCAUCUCAAAGGUCCCCAGGAUUCGAACACCCAGUUAUUCUCCAACACAGAGAUCCCCUGGCUGUCGACCGUUGCCUUCAGCAGGAAGUCCUACCCCAACUACUCAUGAAAUAGUCACAGUAGGUGAUCCUUUACUCUCCUCUGGACUUCGAAGCAUUGGCUCCAGGCGUCACAGUACCUCUUCCUUAUCACCCCAGCGGUCCAAACUCCGGAUAAUGUCUCCAAUGAGAACUGGGAAUACUUACUCUAGGAGUAAUGUUUCCUCAGUCUCCACCAUUGGGACCGCUACUGAUCUUGAAUCAAGUGCCAAAGCAGUUGAUCAUGUCUUAGGGCCACUGAAUUCAAGUACUAGUUUAGGACAAAACACUUCCACCUCUUCAAAUUUGCAAAGGACAGUGGUUACUGUAGGCAAUAAAAACAGUCACUUGGAUGGAUCUUCAUCUUCAGAAAUGAAGCAGUCCAGUGCUUCAGACUUGGCGUCCAAGAGCUCCUCUUUAAAGGGGGAGAAGACCAAAGUGCUGAGUUCCAAGAGCUCAGAGGGAUCUGCACAUAAUGUGGCUUACCCUGGAAUUCCUAAACUGGCCCCACAGAUUCAUAACACAACAUCUAGAGAACUGAAUGUUAGUAAAAUCGGCUCCUUUGCUGAACCCUCUUCAGUGUCGUUUUCUUCUAAAGAGGCCCUCUCCUUCCCACACCUCCAUUUGAGAGGGCAAAGGAAUGAUCGAGACCAACACACAGAUUCUACCCAAUCAGCAAACCCCUCUCCAGAUGAAGAUACUGAAGUCAAAACCUUGAAGCUAUCUGGAAUGAGCAACAGAUCAUCCAUUAUCAAUGAACAUAUGGGAUCUAGUUCCAGAGAUAGGAGACAGAAAGGGAAAAAAUCUUGUAAAGAAACUUUCAAAGAAAAGCAUUCCAGUAAAUCUUUUUUGGAACCUGGUCAGGUGACAACUGGUGAGGAAGGAAACUUGAAGCCAGAGUUUAUGGAUGAGGUUUUGACUCCUGAGUAUAUGGGCCAGCGACCAUGUAACAGUGUUUCUUCUGAUAAGACUGGUGAUAAAGGCCUUUCUAUGCCAGGAGUCCCCAAAGCUCCACCCAUGCAAGUAGAAGGAUCUGCCAAAGAAUUACAGGCACCACGGAAACGCACAGUCAAAGUGACACUGACACCUCUAAAAAUGGAAAAUGAGAGUCAAUCCAAAAAUGCCCUGAAAGAAAGUAGUCCUGCUUCCCCUUUGCAAAUAGAGUCAACAUCUCCCACAGAACCAAUUUCAGCCUCUGAAAAUCCAGGAGAUGGUCCAGUGGCCCAACCAAGCCCCAAUAAUACCUCAUGCCAGGAUUCUCAAAGUAACAACUAUCAGAAUCUUCCAGUACAGGACAGAAACCUAAUGCUUCCAGAUGGCCCCAAACCUCAGGAGGAUGGCUCUUUUAAAAGGAGGUAUCCCCGUCGCAGUGCCCGUGCACGUUCUAACAUGUUCUUUGGGCUUACCCCACUCUAUGGGGUAAGAUCCUAUGGUGAAGAAGACAUUCCAUUCUACAGCAGCUCAACUGGGAAGAAGCGAGGCAAGAGAUCAGCUGAAGGACAGGUGGAUGGGGCUGAUGACUUAAGCACUUCAGAUGAAGACGACUUAUACUAUUACAACUUCACUAGAACAGUGAUUUCUUCAGGUGGAGAGGAGCGACUGGCAUCCCAUAAUUUAUUUCGGGAGGAGGAACAGUGUGAUCUUCCAAAAAUCUCACAGUUGGAUGGUGUUGAUGAUGGGACAGAGAGUGAUACUAGUGUCACAGCCACAACAAGGAAAAGCAGCCAGAUUCCAAAAAGAAAUGGUAAAGAAAAUGGAACAGAGAACUUAAAGAUUGAUCGACCUGAAGAUGCUGGGGAGAAAGAACAUGUCAUUAAGAGUUCUGUUGGCCACAAAAAUGAGCCAAAGAUGGAUAACUGCCAUUCUGUAAGCAGAGUUAAAACACAGGGACAGGAUUCCUUGGAAGCUCAGCUCAGCUCAUUGGAGUCAAGCCGCAGAGUCCACACAAGUACCCCCUCCGACAAAAAUUUACUGGACACCUAUAAUACUGAGCUCCUGAAAUCAGAUUCAGACAAUAACAACAGUGAUGACUGUGGGAAUAUCCUGCCUUCAGACAUUAUGGACUUUGUACUAAAGAAUACUCCAUCCAUGCAGGCUUUGGGUGAGAGCCCAGAGUCAUCUUCAUCAGAACUCCUGAAUCUUGGUGAAGGUUUGGGUCUUGACAGUAAUCGUGAAAAAGACAUGGGUCUUUUUGAAGUAUUUUCUCAACAGCUGCCUACAACAGAACCUGUGGAUAGUAGUGUCUCUUCCUCUAUCUCAGCAGAGGAACAGUUUGAGUUGCCUCUAGAGCUACCAUCUGAUCUGUCUGUCUUGACCACCCGGAGUCCCACUGUCCCCAGCCAGAAUCCCAGUAGACUAGCUGUUAUCUCAGACUCAGGGGAGAAGAGAGUAACCAUCACAGAAAAAUCUGUAGCCUCCUCUGAAGGUGACCCAGCACUGCUGAGCCCAGGAGUAGAUCCAACUCCUGAAGGCCACAUGACUCCUGAUCAUUUUAUCCAAGGGCACAUGGAUGCAGACCACAUCUCUAGCCCUCCUUGUGGUUCAGUAGAGCAAGGUCAUGGCAACAAUCAGGAUUUAACUAGAAACAGUAGCACCCCUGGCCUUCAGGUACCUGUUUCCCCAACUGUUCCUAUCCAGAACCAGAAGUAUGUGCCCAAUUCUACUGAUAGUCCUGGCCCGUCUCAGAUUUCCAAUGCAGCUGUCCAGACCACUCCACCCCACCUGAAGCCAGCCACUGAGAAACUCAUAGUUGUUAACCAGAACAUGCAGCCACUUUAUGUUCUCCAAACUCUUCCAAAUGGAGUGACCCAAAAAAUCCAAUUGACCUCUUCCGUUAGUUCUACACCCAGUGUGAUGGAGACAAAUACUUCAGUACUGGGGCCCAUGGGAAGUGGUCUCACCCUCACCACAGGACUAAAUCCAAGCUUGCCAACUUCUCAAUCUUUGUUCCCUUCUGCUAGCAAAGGAUUGCUACCCAUGUCUCAUCACCAGCACUUACAUUCCUUCCCUGCAGCUACUCAAAGUAGUUUCCCACCCAACAUCAGCAGUCCUCCUUCAGGCCUGCUUAUUGGGGUUCAGCCUCCUCCAGAUCCCCAACUUUUGGUUUCAGAAUCCAGCCAGAGGACAGACCUCAGUACCACAGUAGCCACUCCAUCCUCUGGACUCAAGAAAAGACCCAUAUCUCGUCUACAGACCCGAAAGAAUAAAAAACUUGCUCCCUCUAGUACCCCUUCAAACAUUGCCCCUUCCGAUGUGGUUUCUAAUAUGACAUUGAUUAACUUCACACCCUCCCAGCUUCCUAAUCAUCCCAAUCUGUUAGAUUUGGGGUCACUUAAUACUUCAUCUCACCGAACUGUCCCCAACAUCAUAAAAAGAUCUAAAUCUAGCAUCAUGUAUUUUGAACCGGCACCCCUGUUACCACAGAGUGUGGGAGGAACUGCUGCCACAGCGGCGGGCACAUCAACAAUAAGCCAGGAUACUAGCCACCUCACAUCAGGGUCUGUGUCUGGCUUGGCAUCCAGUUCCUCUGUCUUGAAUGUUGUAUCCAUGCAAACUACCACAACCCCUACAAGUAGUGCGUCAGUUCCAGGACAUGUCACCUUAACCAACCCAAGGUUGCUUGGUAGCCCCGAUAUUGGCUCAAUAAGCAAUCUUUUAAUCAAAGCUAGCCAGCAGAGCCUGGGGAUUCAGGACCAGCCUGUGGCUUUACCGCCAAGUUCAGGAAUGUUUCCACAACUGGGGACAUCACAGACCCCCUCUACUGCUGCAAUGACAGCGGCAUCUAGCAUCUGUGUGCUCCCCUCCAUUCAGACUACGGGCAUAACAGCCGCUUCACCUUCUGGGGAAGCAGAUGAACACUAUCAGCUUCAGCAUGUGAACCAGCUCCUUGCCAGCAAAACUGGGAUUCAUUCUUCCCAGCGUGAUCUUGAUUCUGCUUCAGGGCCCCAGGUAUCCAACUUUACCCAGACGGUAGACGCUCCUAAUAGCGUGGGGCUGGAGCAGAACAAGGCUUUAUCCUCAGCUGUGCAAGCCAGCUCCACCUCUCCUGGGGGUUCUCCAUCCUCUCCAUCUUCCGGACAGCGGUCAGCAAGCCCUUCAGUGCCAGGUCCCACUAAACCCAAACCAAAAACCAAACGGUUUCAGCUGCCUCUAGACAAAGGGAAUGGCAAGAAGCACAAAGUUUCCCAUUUGCGGACCAGUUCUUCUGAAGCACACAUUCCAGACCAAGAAACAACGUCCCUGACCUCAGGCACAGGGACUCCAGGAGCAGAGGCUGAGCAGCAGGAUACAGCUAGUGUGGAGCAGUCCUCCCAGAAGGAGUGUGGGCAACCUGCAGGGCAAGUGGCUGUUCUUCCGGAAGUUCAGGUGACCCAAAAUCCAGCAAAUGAACAAGAAAGUACAGAACCUAAAGCAGUGGAAGAAGAAGAAAGUAAUUUCAGCUCCCCACUGAUGCUUUGGCUUCAGCAAGAACAAAAGCGGAAGGAAAGCAUUACUGAGAAAAAACCCAAGAAAGGACUUGUUUUUGAAAUUUCCAGUGAUGAUGGCUUUCAGAUCUGUGCAGAAAGUAUUGAAGAUGCCUGGAAGUCAUUGACAGAUAAAGUCCAGGAAGCUCGAUCAAAUGCCCGCCUAAAGCAGCUCUCAUUUGCAGGUGUUAACGGUUUGAGGAUGCUGGGGAUUCUCCAUGAUGCAGUUGUGUUCCUCAUUGAGCAGCUGUCUGGUGCCAAGCACUGUCGAAAUUACAAAUUCCGUUUCCACAAGCCGGAGGAGGCCAAUGAACCCCCCUUGAACCCUCACGGCUCAGCUAGGGCUGAAGUCCACCUCAGGAAGUCAGCAUUUGACAUGUUUAACUUCCUGGCUUCUAAACAUCGUCAGCCUCCUGAAUACAACCCCAAUGAUGAAGAAGAGGAGGAGGUACAGCUGAAGUCAGCUCGGAGGGCAACUAGCAUGGAUCUGCCAAUGCCCAUGCGUUUCCGGCACUUAAAAAAGACUUCUAAGGAGGCAGUUGGUGUCUACAGGUCUCCCAUCCAUGGCCGGGGUCUUUUCUGUAAGAGAAACAUUGAUGCAGGUGAGAUGGUGAUUGAGUAUGCCGGCAACGUCAUCCGCUCCAUCCAGACUGACAAGCGGGAAAAGUAUUACGACAGCAAGGGCAUUGGUUGCUAUAUGUUCCGAAUCGAUGACUCAGAGGUAGUAGAUGCCACCAUGCAUGGAAAUGCUGCACGCUUCAUCAAUCACUCGUGUGAGCCUAACUGCUAUUCUCGGGUCAUCAAUAUUGAUGGGCAGAAGCACAUUGUCAUCUUUGCCAUGCGUAAGAUCUACCGAGGAGAGGAACUCACUUACGACUAUAAGUUCCCCAUUGAGGAUGCCAGCAACAAGCUGCCCUGCAACUGUGGCGCCAAGAAAUGCCGGAAGUUCCUAAACUAAAGCUGCUCUUCUCCCCCAGUGUUGGAGUGCAAGGACGCGGGGCCAUCCAAAGCAACGCUGAAGGCCUUUUCCAGCAGCUGGGAGCUCCCGGAUUGCGUGGGCACAGCUGAGGGGCCUCUGUGAUGGCUGAGCUCUCUUAUGUCCUAUACUCACAUCAGACAUGUGAUCCUAGUCCCAGAGACAGAGUUGAGGUCUCCAAGAAAAGAUCCACGAUCGGCUUUCUCCUGGGGCCCCUCCGAUUGUUUACCGUUAGAAAGUGGGAAUGGGGUCCCUCGCAGACUUGCCUGGAAGGAGCCUAUUAUAGAGGGUUGGUUAUGUUGGGAGAUUGGGCCUGAAUUUCUCCACAGAAAUAAGUUGCCAUCCUCAAGUUGGCCCUUUCCCAAGCACUAUAAGUGAGUGGGUCAGGCAAAGCCCCAAAUGGAGGGUUGAUCGGAUUCCUGACAGUUUGCCAGCCAGGCCCCACCUACGGUGUCUGUCGAACAAAGAGAGGUCUGGUGGUUUUCCCUACUAUCUUCCCACUCGAGAGUUCACUUCUGGUUGGGAGACAGGAUUCCUAGCACCUCCGGUGUCAAAAGGCUGUCAUGGGGUUGUGCCAAUUAAUUACCAAACAUUGAGCCUGCAGGCUUUGAGUGGGAGUGUUGCCCCCAGGAGCCUUAUCUCAGCCAAUUACCUUUCUUGACAGUAGGAGCGGCUUCCCUCUCCCAUUCCCUCUUCACUCCCUUUUCUUCCUUUCCCCUGUCCUCAUCCCACUGCUUUCCCAUGCUUCUUUCUGGGUUGUAGGGGAGACUGACUGCCUGCUCAAGGACACUCCCUGCUGGGCAUAGGAUGUGCCUGCAAAACGUUCCCUGAGCCUGUAAGCACUCCAGGUGGGGAAGUGGACAGGAGCCAUUGGUCAUAACCAGACAGAAUUUGGAAACAUUUUCAUGAAGCUCCACGGAGAGUUUUAAAGAAACAUAUGUAGCAUGAUUUUUUAGGAGAGGAAAAAGAUUAUUUAAAUAGGAUUUAAAUCAUGCAACAACGAGAGUAUCACAGCCAGGAUGACCCCUGGGUCCCAUUCCUAAGACAUGGUUACUUUAUUUUCCCCUUGUUAAGACAUAGGAAGACUUAAUUUUUAAACGGUCAGUGUCCAGUUGAAGGCAGAACACUAAUCAGAUUUCAAGGCCCACAACUUGGGGACUAGACCACCUUAUGUUGAGGGAACUCUGCCACCUGCGUGCAACCCACGGCUAAAGUAAAUUCAAUGACACUACUGCCCUGAUUACUCCUUAGGAUGUGGUCAAAACAGCAUCAAAUGUUUCUUCUCUUCCUUUCCCCAAGACAGUGUCCUGAACCUGUUAAAUUAAGUCAUUGGAUUUUACUCUGUUCUGUUUACAGUUUACUAUUUAAGGUUUUAUAAAUGUAAAUAUAUUUUGUAUAUUUUUCUAUGAGAAGCACUUCAUAGGGAGAAGCACUUAUGACAAGGCUAUUUUUUAAACCGCGGUAUUAUCCUAAUUUAAAAGAAGAUCGGUUUUUAAUAAUUUUUUAUUUUCAUAGGAUGAAGUUAGAGAAAAUAUUCAGCUGUACACACAAAGUCUGGUUUUUCCUGCCCAACUUCCCCCUGGAAGGUGUACUUUUUGUUGUUUAAUGUGUAGCUUGUUUGUGCCCUGUUGACAUAAAUGUUUCCUGGGUUUGCUCUUCGACAAUAAAUGGAGAAGGAAGGUCACCCAACUCCAUUGGGCCACUCCCCUCCUUCCCCUAUUGAAGCUCCUCAAAAGGCUACAGUAAUAUCUUGAUACAACAGAUUCUCUUCUUCUUUCCCGCCUCUCUCCUUCCCGGCGCAACUUCCAGAGUGGUGGGAGACGGCAAUCUUUACAUUUCCCUCAUCUUUCUUACUUCAGAGUUAGCAAACAAGUUGAAUGGCAACUUGACAUUUUCCAUCACCAUCUGCCGCAUAGGCCACUCUUUCCUUUCCCUCUGACCACCACCAAGUCCUCAUAUCUGCAGAGAACCCAUUGAUCACCUUGUGCCCUCUUGGGGCAGCCCGUUGAAACUGAAGCACAGUCUGACCACUCACGAUAAAGCAGAUUUUUCUCUGCCUCUGCCACAAGGUUUCAGAGUAGUGUAGUCCAAGUAGAGGGUGGGGCACCCUUUUCUCACCGCAAGAAGCCCAUUCCUGUGAAAGUCUAGCAAAGCAAUACGACUCAGCCCAGCACUCUCUGCCCCAGGACUCAUGGCUCUGCUGUGCCUUCCAUCCUGGGCUCCCUUCUCUCCCGUGACCUUAAGAACUUUGUCUGGUGGCUUUGCUGGAACAUUGUCACUGUUUUCACUGUCAUGCAGGGAGCCCAGCACUGUGGCCAGGAUGGCAGAGACUUCCUUGUCAUCAUGGAGAAGUGCCAGCAGGGGACUGGGGAAAGCACUCUACCCAGACCUCACCUCCCUUCCUCCUUUUGCCCAUGAACAAGAUGCAGUGGCCCUAGGGGUUCCACUGGUGUCUGCUUUCCUUUAUUAUUGCACUGUGUGAGGUUUUUUUGUAAAUCCUUGUAUUCCUAUUUUUUUUAAAGAAAAAAAAAAAAACUUAAGCUGCAUUUGUUACUGAAAUGAUUAAUGCACUGAUGGGUCCUGAAUUCACCUUGAGAAAGACCCAAAGGCCAGUCAGGGGGUGGGGGGAACUCAGCUAAAUAGACCUAGUUACUGCCCUGCUAGGCCAUGCUGUACUGUGAGCCCCCUCCUCACUCUCUACCAACCCUAAACCCUGAGGACAGGGGAGGAACCCACAGCUUCCUUCUCCUGCCAGCUGCAGAUGGUUUGCCUUGCCUUUCCACCCCCUAAUUGUCAACCACAAAAAUGAGAAAUUCCUCUUCUAGCUCAGCCUUGAGUCCAUUGCCAAAUUUUCAGCACACCUGCCAGCAACUUGGGGGGAUAAGCGAAGGUUCCCCUACAAGAGGGAAAGAAGGCAAAAAUGGCACAGCUCUCUCCAAACACAUCUGAGUUCAUUUCAAAAGUGACCAAGGGAAUCUCCACACACAAGUGCAGAUUGAGGAAUUGUGGUGGGUCAUUCCCAAGAAUCCCCCAAGGGGCAUCCCAAAUCCCUAAGGAGUAACAGCUGCAAACCUGGUCAGUUCUCAGUGAGAGCCAGCUCACUUAUAGCUUUGCUGCUAGAACCUGUUGUGGCUGCAUUUCCUGGUGGCCAGUGACAACUGUGUAACCAGAAUAGCUGCAUGGCGCUGACCCUUUGGCCGGAACUUGGUCUCUUGGCUCCCUCCUUGGCCACCCACCACCUCUCGCACAGCCCCUCUGUUUUUACACCAAUAACAAGAAUUAAGGGGGAAGCCCUGGCAGCUAUACGUUUUCAACCAGACUCCUUUGCCGGGACCCAGCCCGCCACCCUGCUCGCCUCUGUCAAACCCCCGGCCAAUGCAGUGAGCACCAUGUAGCUCCCUUGAUUUAAAAAAAAAAAAAAAAAAAAAAAAAGGAAAAAAAAAUACAAUACACACACAAAAAUAAAAAAAAAUCUUCUAAUGAAUGUAUCUUUCUAAAGGACUGAUGUUCAAUCAAAUAUCUGAAAAUACUAAAGGUCAAAACCUUGUCAGAUGUUAACUUUUAAGUUCGGUUUGGGAUUUUUUUUUUUUUAAUAGAAAUCAAGUUGUUUUUGUUUUUAAGGAAAAGCGGGUCAUUGCAAAGGGCUGGGUGUAAUUUUAUGUUUCAUUUCCUUCAUUUUAAAGCAAUACAAGGUUAUUGAGCAGAUGGUUUUGUGCCGAAUCAUGAAUACUAGUCAAGUCACACACUCUGGAAACUUGCAACUUUUUGUUUGUUUUGGUUUUCAAAUAAAUAUAAAUAUGAUAUAUAUAGGAACUAAUAUAGUAAUGCACCAUGUAACAAAGCCUAGUUCAGUCCAUGGCUUUUAAUUCUCUUUAACACUAUAGAUAAGGAUUGUGUUACAGUUGCUAGUAGCGGCAGGAAGAUGUCAGGCUCACUUUCCUCUGAUUCCCGAAAUGGGGGAGAACCUCUAACCAUAAAGGAAUGGUAGAACAGUCCAUUCCUCGGAUCAGAGAAAAAUGCAGACAUGGUGUCACCUGGAUUUUUUUCUGCCCAUGAAUGUUGCCAGUCAGUACCUGUCCUCCUUGUUUCUCUAUUUUUGGUUAUGAAUGUUGGGGUUACCACCUGCAUUUAGGGGAAAAUUGUGUUCUGUGCUUUCCUGGUAUCUUGUUCCGAGGUACUCUAGUUCUGUCUUUCAACCAAGAAAAUAGAAUUGUGGUGUUUCUUUUAUUGAACUUUUAACAGUCUCUUUAGUAAAUACAGGUAGUUGAAUAAUUGUUUCAAGAGCUCAACAGAUGACAAGCUUCUUUUCUAGAAAUAAGACAUUUUUUGACAACUUUAUCAUGUAUAACAGAUCUGUUUUUUUUUUUCCUUGUGUUCUUCCAAGCUUCUGGUUAGAGAAAAAGAGAAAAAAAAAAAAGGAAAAUGUGUCUAAAGUCCAUCAGUGUUAACUCCCUGCGACAGGGAUGAAGGAAAAUACUUUAAUAGUUCAAAAAAUAAUAAUGCUGAAAGCUCUCUACGAAAGACUGAAUGUAAAAGUAAAAAGUGUACAUAGUUGUAAAAAAAAGGAGUUUUUAAACAUGUUUAUUUUCUAUGCACUUUUUUUUAUUUAAGUGAUAGUUUAAUUAAUAAACAUGUCAAGUUUAUUGCUGCA